AUGGGAUUCGGCAGUUUCGUCCACCACAUUGGCACAUUCUUCUUGUUUGUGGCCGUGGUCCUGCUCAUCGUAGUGGACAUUACGGCCCCCGUGGUCAAUCACCUGUCCAUCAUGAAGGUCGACCUCGGCAUGAACACAGCGUCCGCCGACCAGGUGACGUUUGGCACGUUCGGGUACUGCGUCCGCGGCAUCAGCGGAGGCUCCGACAGCUGCACGCACUCCCGGAUCGGCUACGACCCGGCCGGGCUGAUGCGCAGCCUCGACGGCACCGACUUCAGCGGCGCGUCCGCCAGCACGGCCAAGGGCCUGACCCGAGUCAUGGUCCUGCACCCCGUCGCCACGGGCCUGUGCUUCAUCGCCCUGGUGCUCUGCGCGGCCAGCGGCAUCAUCGGCUCCUUUGUGGGCUCGCUCGUGUCGCUGCUCGCGUUUGUCGUGACCCUCGUGGCCAUGAUCUGCGACUUUAUCGCCUUUGGCAUCGUCAAGAGGCACGUCAACGACCAGGGCGUCAGCACCGCCCGCUGGGGCUCCGGCAUCUGGCUCAUCCUCGCGUCCGCCAUCUUCACCCUCGUCGGCUCCGCCGUCGUCUUCGUCACCUGCUGCUGCGCCCGCAAGAAGACGCCCGAGCGCCAAAAGGAGUCGUGGAACAACAAGGCGCCCGCCGCCGCGGGGGGCCGCCGCCGCCGCUUCUGGUAG